AUGGGACGGCCCCGGCGGGUGCUCUGGAUACCGAUCUGCUCGUCUUUAUAUGAGCGAGUGUGUGUGCAGCAGGAGAGGGAGAGGGAGAAGGAGAAGGAGCAGCGGCAGCGGCGGCAUAUGGAUGUCCGACUGCGCGGGCCGGGGGGUGCACCGCGUAGGCGAGAGAGAGUGGCAACCACGCCCAAGCCCAAGCCCAAGCCCAGGCCCAGGACCGCUUGUGGGCCAGGGCCUCACCCCCAGUCCCAGUCCCAGUCCCAGCCCCAGCCCCAAGCCCAGCCAUGCGAUGCCAGCAGCCGAGCCCAGGCCAGCCCCCGGGCCGGUCAUGACCACCACUCGCAGCACCGGAAGGAAGCACUUGAGAGAAGGUCGCCGGUGUCCGCUUGUCUGAGCAGUGCGAAUACAACAGACGUUCAUUAUCCUCACGCCCCGUCCGCUGUGCAUCCACCGGAUCCUGCCGCCUGGCCUCUAGCUACGCUCGCAUCCCCCGGCUUUCGCUCCCAGCUUCCAGUCCCCUGCUCCCCUGUCCGCGGUGAUUCGAACUCUGCGGUUUCGCGCCGUCAGCGUGUUUUGAAUGCGCGACCGCUUAUAAUACAAACGACAGCCCCAGGGAGGGGCUAA